AUGAAAGCCCUCGUAUACAACGGACCCCAAAAGCUGGGAGUCGAGGACCGUCCGAAGCCAGAGCUGAAAGAGUCCACAGACGCGAUCGUACGGGUGUUGCACACCUCUAUCUGCGGCACAGACCUGCAUAUCCUGAAGGGGGAUGUUCCCACUGUGGACGAGGGACGCAUCCUAGGCCACGAAGCAGUCGGGGUGGUUGAAUCCAUGGGCAGUGCCGUGUCCGGGUUACAGACCGGCGACAAGGUGCUGAUUUCGUGCGUGUCGGCCUGCGGCGUGUGCGGUCCAUGCCGGAAGGGUCUCUCUUCGCACUGCGCCUAUGGGGGCUGGAUACUGGGUAACACGAUUGACGGCACGCAGGCAGAAUACGUGCGAAUCCCGCAUGCGACGUCUUCGCUCUUCAAGUUGUCUGACAAGAUCGAUGUGCGGACGGCGGUCGUGCUGUCCGAUGCGUUCCCGACGGCGCUGGAAUGCGGCACGCUGAGCGCGCAUGUGCAGCCCGGCAAUACGGUGGCGAUUAUCGGUGCAGGCCCGGUGGGCAUGGCUGCGCUGUUGACGGCGAAGCUGUACUCGCCUUCGUUGAUCGUGAUGGUUGAUACGAAUGAUGCGCGGCUGAAGAAGGCGAAGGAGCUCGGUGCGCACGAGACGGUCAACUCUGCUCAGACUGAUGCGAAAUCGGCGUUGAAUGCCCUGACGGACGGACGUGGGUUCGAUUCUGUCAUUGAAGCCGUCGGUAUUCCUGCGACUUUUGAACUGUGUCAGGGGAUCAUUGGUGUUGGUGGUUCUGUAGCGAACGUGGGAGUCCAUGGAAAGCCGGUUACUCUCCAUAUGGAAAGGCUGUGGGAUCGUAAUAUAAAUAUCAGAGCAUCGCUGGUGGAUGCAACUACUACGCCGAUGUUGCUGCGUCUCUUUGAUGCGGGUCAGAUAGAUGCUCGUCCAUUAAUUACACAUGUAUUCCCGUUUAAUGAUGUGAUAAAGGCGUAUGCGACUUCCAAGGAAGCCGCAAAGGAAGAGGCAAUGAAGAUUGUGAUUGAUAUUGCGGAAGAAUAG